AUGAGUACCAUGCCGAAGACCAUAGAUGUUGGGAACGUGCCGCGGAAAAUUUUAGUUGAAGUGUGCGAGGAUGUGAGCGAGUUCCUAGUUAUUAUGGCACACACGGUAUUGUACCGGUUUGGUGGCUAUUCUCCUGGGGAGUUCCGUGAAUAUUCUUAUGGAGGAGUAGUAACGGCGAAGACAUGUCUCGACGAACGAGUUAUAAGAUACUGCCAACGGUCUGCGCAUUUGGCUAAUCAAGCGAUGCAGAAACAUAAUCUGGAGAAAUAUGAAGUUUCGAUUGAGGACAGAACCGGUGAAGCUUUGAUUUCGUUUCGAGUAGAAUUCCGGCGGACACCAACUUUCUACAAUAGGACUAUAAAGAACCUAGCUGAACCGGAACUGUGCCGCCUCCGCCACAACCUCGCAGAGACGCUGCUUCAGUUGCAAUCGGUCAAGAUAUCUGAUGAACUGCAGGAUAGGCUAGAAAAUACACCGACACGUCUACGAAUUCGUCUCCAGCUGUGUAAUAAGCAGCCGAAACGGUUGUUUAAAAUUACUGCUGAACCUAUUCUACCUGGGAUUCUAGUGCCAUGGUCCGAUCCAGUGCGGAACGAGUACAAUCAGCUAAUAUUUGCCGCAUUCGUACCUGCGGAUCAUCCCAGUACUAGUCAACGACCAUGGAUAUCACACAACACAUGA